AUGUGUAGUCGAGCGACAGCGCGCAAAGACCUUCCUCAUACGGACCAAUUGCUCUCCUCAGACAUCAGCGCUUACAUCGAAGGCUUGAUGGAAGAAUGGCAUGUGCCGGGUCUUUCAGUGGCUGCUGUAGAUGGAGACAAGACGUUGGCCAAGGGCUACGGCUACGCCAUCCUCAACUCAACCCCCGCCACCCCGCACACGCUCUUCUACACCGGCAGCACCACCAAGUCCUUCACAGCCGCCGGCCUCUCCCUCCUCGUCGACAACUCCACCAGCCUCACCUGGACGACGCCCGUGUCCAGCGUGCUCGACGACUUCGUCCUCAGCGACGCGUGGGCGACGGCACACGUCACGCUCGAGGACGCACUGAGUCACCGGACGGGCUAUCCGCGCCACGACCUCGCGUCCUCGGCGACGACGGCGCGCGAGAUGGUGCGGAAUCUGCGGAAUCUGCCCAUGUCCGCGGAGCCGCGCGCGAGGUAUCAGUAUUGCAACAAGAUGUUUGGCGUGAUGGGGUACCUCAUCGAGACGCUUACCGGGCAGUGGCUGGGUGAUUUUCUGAGGGAGAGGCUGUGGGAGCCGAUGGGGAUGGGGGAGACGUACUUUUCGCUGAGGGAUGCGGGGGAGAGUGGGCUGGGGCUUGCGAAUGAGUAUGUUUACGAUCCUGUGCAGGGAAAGCAUUUGCAGGUGCCGCAUGAGCCGUUCUCUGCUGAAGAGGGAGCCGGGUCGAUUAUUUCGAAUGUGCUUGACUACGCCAAGUACCUCCGCAUCAUGAUGAAUGAGGACGCGCCGCUGUCCAAGGACGGUCACAGGGAAGUAAAAACGCCGAGGAGCUUCUCGUCCAUGUCAAAGCCUCCGUUCGUCGGGCCGGUGACGUACGCUUUUGGGUGGAACCAGGCGGUGUUUGAGGGUGAGAGGGCGUACUUUCACUCUGGGCAGGUCAACCAGUUUGUGUCAAUCAUGAUCAUGAUCCCGUCGAAGAAGUUCGCCGUUACGGCCAUGUCGAACACCGAAUCCCCUGCGAUAGAGCUGAUUGCUCAUCAUCUUUUGUGCGAGCACUUUGGCGUGCCGAAGGAGAAACGGCUUGACCUUAAUAAGCAGUACAAGUCGCAGAAAAAGUUGCAACAGAAAUAUCUCGAGAACUGCGGUGAUUAUAUCUACCCUUCAGUACCAGAGCCGCCUCUCCUCCCGACGCUACCCAUCUCCGACCACAUCGGCGAGUAUAGCGAUCCAGGAUAUGGAACAGUCCAGGUCGAUCUGCACUGCGAAGAUGCGGGACCUUCGUUUCUAGGUUACAACAGGGAAAUCAACGAGCAAUGCAAGCUUCGCGUGUUGAACGUUGCGGGCGUGGGCUGGGCGUUCAUGAAGCCGGUGCUGUAUCUCGAGCCCAAGUCUGGUAAUUACUGGGUCGGGCGUCUGUAUAUGGAGGCUGGAGAUGCCCAGAACGUCACGACUCCUUCUAUCUGUAUGAGGGCGGAGUUCAAGGUUGAUGUUACCGGUACGGUGACUGAGCUUGGACUGGAUCUCAGGCUGGAGAAUGUACUUGAGGGUACGCCGGCAGGCGAUGGGCCGCUCGUUUGGUUUAAGCGUGUCGAGGAUUAG